AUGGAUGACCCCGAGACCGAAUUCCAACGGGUGAUCCGCCGCCAUUAUCGCGAAAAAAGAGAGCUGCAAGCUCACAUCCAGGCCCUCGAAAGUUCUGUCCCAAAAAAUGACAGGAACAGAAGAAAGCAGGUGCUUGCUGAUACUGCCCGUCUCAGGGCCGAGAUGGAGCAGAGGCACCGUCAGGAACUGGAGAGAUUUCAAGAAGAGCCUGACGCCAGCGUGGAGUCGAUUGCAGCCAACCUCAAAAAGAUGAACCUUGAAAAUGUGCCCCCACGCCCAUCGAAGGCCCAGAAAAGGCGUGAGCGAAGAGCUAACCUGCAGAGACAACGCCCGCAGAGGAUCCCAGUGGCCCAGAGCGAAGAGCAGGCCGCCUACCGCCGCGAGGAGGAAGAAAAGGUCGCUGCCAUUUUGGCAGCUAGAAGUCUGGAGAUGAAGCCCAUCCCUGCCGACGGCCAUUGCAUGUACCGUGCCAUCCAAGACCAGCUGGUGUUCUCGGUGACUGUGGAGAGCCUGCGCUACCGCACGGCCUACUAUAUGAAGAAACACAUUGAUGACUUCUUACCUUUCUUCACCGAACCCGAGGCCGGCAACUUCUACACCCGUGAGGACUUCCUGAGGUACUGCGAUGACAUCGUGCACAGGUCAUUGUGGGGUGGCCAGCUGGAAUUGAGAGCCAUGUCGCAUGUCCUGCAGACCCCCAUCGAGGUGAUACAGGCCAACUCGCCCAUCAUUGUGAUCGGGGAGGAGUACACCCGGAAGCCGAUCACACUGGUCUAUCUGCACUACGCCUGUGAGUUCGGGGAGCACUACAACUCAGUGAAGCCCAUCGAGGCCGCGGGCACCUCCGCUGCUGCCAUGGCACCGCGCCUGUUCUAA